AUGUGCCAUGCCAGCUGCUCCAUGGGCUGCCAGCCAUCCUGCUGUGUGUCCAGCCCCUGCCAGCCAUCCUGCUGUGUGCCGGCUAUGUGCAUUCCCGUGAGGUACCAGGUGGCUUACUGUGUGCCUGUGAGCUGCAGGCCUACUGUGUGCGCCACCCCCUCCUGCCAGUCCUCUGUGUGUGUGCCCGUGAGCUGCCGGCCUGUCUGUGUGACCUCCUCCUGCCAGUCAUCUGGAUGCUGCCAGCCGUCCUGCCCCACCCUGGUCUGCAGGCCUGUGACCUGUAGCACCCCUUCCUGCUGCUGA